AAUAUAUAGUUCGAACAUUCGAAGUCAAAGUUACACGCAGUGCUGAAUAUAUAUCAUAUAAUACCUAAAUAGCAGAGAAUAUAAUAACGUAUUUUCACGCAUCAUUUAAAAGUAGUGAAUAAUCAUAAAAAAUUGUUUUAAUAAAUUAUUCAUUGAAGAAAAUCUAUUUGUUGAAAGUACAAGGCAUAAUCAAAGAAAAACAAACCAGAAGCAACAAAAUGAGAAGUCAACAGAAUAUGUCGCAAACAAUGGGAAAAUUAUGGAUAUAUUUUACAAUAUUCAGUAUUUUAAUAUUAAAUAAUAUUGAAAUUAUUGAGAGUCGAUAUUUACCAACACGAUCACAAGAUGAUCGUUUAGAUAAACUUCGUGAAUUGUUACGUGAUUUAUUGGAAAGUGAAAUUCAACGUUCAUCUUCACUUGAAUGUGGAAGUGCAGGACAACCAUCGGUACAGAUUGUACCAAAUGAUAUUCGAAAUGGUGAAUCACGAACCAAUCAACGUGAAUUAUUACGCGAAUUGGGUAUAAUGCCUGGUAAACGAUAUUUCAAACGAUCUUUACCAUCAUCACAACAGCAAAUUGAUUCGCUAGAAACUGAACAAAAAAAGUAA